UGGUAGACGCCAAAUUCCUACUCAUUUAUUCAGCCUAUAUGCAGUGUUGUCAUCAUUGUAUUGCAGUUUUUUUACUUGACAUUUCCCCUAGUGGAUAAAAUAUACCCCUGUCAGAAAACUAAGACCUAACUUGCUACCUUGUGUGGAGUCACAUGGUGACUCUGCAACUUGAUGGAUGACAAUAAACCUUUUCAUCCAAAAAGUUGAUAUUAUACCAAUAUUAGAAGUGAGGAAACAGAUCCAAGCAAUUUCUCCAGAGUCAUAUGAUUAGAAGUGGUGCAGUGAAGAUUUGAACUAUUCAAUUUGAUGUCAAGUUCAUGCUCUUUCUACUAUACUUAAAUAAUGUGGACAGUCUAAGAUAAUUCAAAAAUGGCAGAACUCUUUAUGGAAUGUGAAGAAGAAGAACUGGAACCAUGGCAGAAGAAAGUAGAAGAAAAUCAGGAUGAGGAUGAUGAUGAGCUGAUUUUUGUUGGAGAGAUAUCAAGUUCAAAACCAGCCAUUUCAAAUAUUUUGAACAGAGGUAACUCCAGCUCGUCUUCAAAGGGAAUAAAGAAUGAGCUACUCAAUCAAGGUGUUACUGGUGCAUUCAAGCCUACAAGUCAACACUACGAAGACCCAACAGCAAAUCCAGUGGCUGCCUUACCUAGAUUUCAUCCUCAAUCUAAAUCUUCACAUAGCUCUGUUAUUCAGAACGUAUCUAAACCUGAAUUUAUAAAGAAUUCAUCACAAGUUGAAUCGGAUGAUUCUUCGGAUUUAUUGUUUGACCUGACCCAGGACCCAAUACCACCACCCCAAGAUGGAUCAACAAUUUAUAUAGAAGGUCUGGAUGAAACUCUGCCUGUAAUAAAACAUUCUACUAAUCCAAAAAAGCCAAAGACCAGUGAAGAUGUUUCUGAAAUAGAUUCUUGUGCUUCGUUAUCUUUGGACAGCUCUCCUUCAGUGACAUCCUCCUCAGUUAUGAUAUCAAAAGAUACCUCAUCAACUGAACAUAAAACUGGAAGGCCUUUCCAAAGAUCUUGUCCAAAGUGCAAUGUUCAGUUCAAUAUUUUGGAUGCUUUGAAAUAUCACAUGAAGCGUUGUUGUCCAGACAUGCUAAAUAAAUUUUUGGAAAUGAUUAAAGUAGAAAUUUCAGGUACUGAAAAUAAAGAUAAGACUGGUGCAGAGAAAGAAAAAUUGAUCAUGUUAGUUAGUGACUUUUACUACGGAAAACAUGAAGGAGAUGUUGACAAUGAACAGAAGACUUACACAACCUUUAAAUGCUUCAGUUGCCUGAAAGUUCUUAAAAAUAAUAUUAGAUUUAUGAACCACAUGAAACACCAUUUGGAACUUGAAAAGCAGAACAGCGAGAGCUGGGAAAGCCACACCACCUGCCAGCACUGUUACCGUCAGUAUCCCACACCAUUCCAGCUACAGUGUCACAUUGAGAGUACACACACACCUCAUGAAUUUUCUACUAUUUGUAAAAUCUGUGAAUUAUCGUUUGAAACAGAACAUGCUCUUUUGCAACAUAUGAAGGACACUCAUAAACCCGGUGAAAUGCCAUAUAUUUGCCAGGUUUGCCAGUUUAGAUCAUCAACAUUUUCUGAUGUAGAAACUCAUUUUAGAACAUCCCAUGAAAACACAAAGAACUUGCUAUGUCCAUUUUGCCUCAAAGUUAGUAGAAUGGCAACCCCCUACAUGAAUCAUUACAUGAAACAUCAGAAAAAAGGAAUUCAUCGUUGUACAAAAUGCAGACUACAAUUUUUGACCUGCAAAGAGAAACUGGAUCACAAGACCCAACAUCGGACAUUUAUAAAGCCUAAAGAGCUAGAAGGUUUGCCUCCUGGUUCAAAAGUUACUAUUCGAGCUUCAUUUGGAUCUCUUCAUUCAAAGCCAUCAACUACAUCUUCCAGUGAUACUCCUAGCACUUCUUCUCUUCAGGUCUCACCUCCAAAGUCUAAAAAUACAACUGCUAAAAAUUCCACAAAAUCAAAUGCAAAUAAAUCUAAGAUGCGUAAGGCUCGUUCAACUAUAUCCACUGCAAGUAAACUAUCCAGUGCAAGUAAGCAGAGUAGAGGUACAUCUAAAUGCAAAACAAAAGCCUCUUAUAAGCAAAAGAAACAACGCAACAGAAAGAACAAAAUAAGUAUAGCUUUGAAGAACUUAAGGUGUUAUCGAGGAGUUCACAAGUGCAUUGAGUGUCAUUCCAAAAUAAAAGAUUUUGCAAGCCACUUUUCAAUAUAUAUCCACUGUAAUUUUUGCAAAUACAACACUAACUGUAACAAAGCCUUUAUAAAUCAUAUGGUGAGCUCUCAUAGCAGCCAUCCAAGUAAGCAGUCUCCUCUUUUUCAUAAGCAUUGUGGAACUCUCAGGGGCAUUACUCUAGUGUGCCUUAAAUGUGAUUUUCUAACUGAUUCUUAUGGUUUAGAUCGUAUGGCUAAACACUUAAGUCAACGUAAAACUCAUACUUGCCAAGUUGUAAUAGAGAAUGUUCCCGAAAGUAACCCAACUUCUGAACCCACUUCUGACUGCUUGUUGAAAUAGAUUCCUGCUCUAUGGAGCUCGUGCAACCUGGUGCAAGACAAGUUGGAAUUUCCUAAAAGUUCAAAGUUCUGAGAUGUUUUCUUACACAGAGCCAGUUUCCUAAGUUCAAAGUUCUGAAGUGUUUUCUCACACGAAAAUGGUUAAACACCCAAGUUCAUGACACUAGCUCUCAUUAUUCAGCUCUUUUCAGCUUUCAGAUGGCACUAGAUUCUUAUUCCACCUUAUCUUUGUGUCAGGUUUACAUAUCUUAACAUGCUUUUCUUCUCCAGUUGGCUUUCUCCAAAAAUAACUUGUUUGCUAUGGUCUUUCUUUGCUUUGCUUAAAAUAAUUUGUGUUUUUCUCUGCUGUAUUUGCCUUCAGAAUAUUGCAUUCCAAAUGAUGGCUAUUCAUCCUUUUUUG